AUGCCUCCUUGCACCAAUUCGACUCCUACUAAGAACCAUGGUCGUACUGCUGGCCGAAAGUCAAUUAAGUCUGAUAAGAUGGUUGCUGACUCUGAUGUUGAGAUGGACGAGACCUCACCUUCAAAGCAGAAGAGAACUGCAGUGAAUGAUGAGGAUACAGUAACAAGGGAGAAGGCAAUCACUAUGCCUCGCAAAGGUGGUAAGGACAAGAAGACCAUAGACAAUAUAGACAACAGCGAUGAGGAUAGGGCAGUGAGUUCUCCUCGUAAAGCUGGUAAGUAUCAGAAGGUCAUUGAAAGCAGCGAUGAUAAAACCAAUCUUGCUUCACGCAUGUCCGGUCGUACCGCUGCCAAGAUCGCAAGUGCUAAGCUGAAGGAUGUAUUCAUGGACAAUGACUCCGAUGUCGAGCAGUCUUUGGAGAGUGAUGCGGCUCUACCAAUCAAUGAACCUGAAAUCAUGGAAACUCCCAAGAAGAAGGUGAAUAAGGCAUUUGUUCUUUUGCCGACUUCCAUUAGUUCUUCGCCCAACAAAGGAAAGGUGACUCAUACACCCAUCAAGCAAGUUUAUGUCAGUGAUUCUGACAAGGAUGCACAGCUGGAACAAUCUUCCCCUGUGAAGAAAGGUCGUAACAGGCAGAGUAAGCUUGACUCUGAAGCACAAGCAUCAACAGAGCGAUCCAAGCUUGAUCAUUAUGAUGUAAUGACCCUGCUGCGCCUUGCCAUGACGAAGAUGUCAGAGCAGGAGAGACGAGAUUUCUGCUUGCAAGUAAAGCAAUAUGAUCCUAGAGACCGCGACAUCCACUUGUCUCCAACCAAAUUCGCCAGUGGAUCAAAAGGCAAGACGGAGGAUGUUCUGUAA